AUGCCACGCUUCCUAGAGCGUAACAGCGAAGGCAACUUCAGCCUCACAAAAGUAUAUUACGAUGAAAUCCCUCCAUACGCUAUACUUUCGCAUACUUGGGGCCAAGAUAUAGAUGAGGUCACAUUAAGUGAUAUUUUGGAUGGUACUGGUCAAAACAAGCCCGGUUAUGUUAAGAUCCGGUUUUGUGCAGAACAGGCCAGCCGCCACAGCUUAAGAUAUUUCUGGAUAGAUACGUGCUGUAUCAACAAAUCAGAUGGUCCCGAGCUUCAAGAAGCUAUCACCUCUAUGUUUCGCUGGUACAGGAACUCUGCAAAAUGUUACGUGUUCCUAUCAGACGUUCAAACGGGAGACCACGAUGAAUUAGUCGACGGGUCCCCACCACCAUGGGAACUAGCUUUUCGGCGAAGUCGAUGGUUUACCCGUGGCUGGACACUUCAGGAACUCAUUGCACCAAUAUCCGUUGAGUUCUUUUGCUCGAACGGUAGGCGACUGGGUGACAAGCGGUCAUUAGAGCGUCAGAUCCAUGAGGUAACGGGUAUUUUGACAUCAGCUCUUCAAGGAACUGCGCCUUCUGCUUUCAGUGUGGUAGAACGGCUGUCGUGGACAGAAAAACGUCAGACCAAGCGUGACGAAGAUAAAGUGUAUUCCCUGUUGGGCAUUUUUGACGUCCAUAUGCCCUUAAUUUAUGGAGAAGGACAACAAAAUGCGUUUCGUCGACUGUCGGAAGAAGUUUGUAAGCAUGGAACAAAGCAUUAUCAAGACGAAGUCUCCCAGGCCUUUCUUACAGGUCCGAAACGGCUAAAGACUUCACAAUCGCAGGCCUCUGGCACUCGACCUCAACGCAAUUAUGGUCAUGAAUUGCCGCCCAAACCUCGAACUCUCACUCCGGAAUACCGUUCCUGGCAGGAUACAGCACAACAGCAAGACCACGGAGGUUUUCUUUGGCUUCAGGGUCACCCAGGGACAGGGAAAUCAACGAUUAUGAAGUUCCUUUUUGAAGAUGCCAAGGCUAGUGCAAGUUAUGAUAGUUCGAAGAUCACCAUCUCAUUUUUCUUUCUGGCAUGGGGCGUUAUCGAGGAGAGAUCGACAACAGGUUUGUAUCGCUCGCUUCUUCACCAGUUGUUCCAAAAGGUGACGGAUUUGGAAGACAGUUUAGAAUGGAUGACGAAAGAUGGAGCAAGGGGUAUCCAACGGAAUGGAUGGAAUGAAGAAGCAUCGAAACGGACACUGGCUCUUGCCGUGAAGAAGCUUGGUACUCGGUCUUUGACCAUAUUUGUUGACGCGCUGGAUGAAUGCGACACAAGAGAAACUGCAGGUAUGGUCUGCUAUUUUGAAGAGCUCUGUGAUUGUGCACAGGAGGCUAAGGUCACUCUAAAUAUUUGCUUUUCCAGUCGACAUUAUCCAAUUGUAGUCAUUCAAAAGGGCAUCGAAGUCACCCUCGAAACGGAAACUGGCCACACAGAAGAUAUCAAGCAGUAUAUUCAGUCAAGACUUCGGAUAGGCAAGUCCAAGCAAGCCGAAUCGCUGCGCUCCGAAAUCCUCGAGAAAUCUUCUGGGAUUUUCCUUUGGGUUGUAUUAGUGCUUGAUAUUCUCAACUCUGAAUAUCCAGAAAGCGUCAUGUCCACCAAGAAGAUGCAUGAGCGCCUCAAAAAGAUACCGCCGGAACUGAGCCGAUUGUUCGAGAUGAUUUUGAAACGAGAUGAAGCAAAUGUUGAAUAUUUGGAUGCUUGUCUUAAAUGGAUCCUCUUUGCGACCCGUCCGCUUCAGGCCCAGGAACUUUAUUCUGCAAUUCAGCUUUGUGUUAAUAACAAAGCCUUAAUUGAUUGGGAUCCGGACGAUGUGGAUUUGGAUCAAUUAAAAACUCUGCUCAGAAGCUACUCUAAAGGAUUAGCAGAAGUCACGCGUGCUGCCGAAGUCCACUUCAUUCAUGAGUCCGUCAGAGACUUUCUCAUGGGCAGAUAUAAUGCUCAGUGGUCUGAGGUUUCCGAUAACUUUGUGGGAAGGAGCCAUGAACUUUUGAAAAAUUGCUGUUUGGCUCAGCUGGACAUUGCGUUCAACCAAAACAUUGAUCUGCCAGACCCUGUGCCACUGUUGACGGUAGAAGGUUCACCGACGACGCGGGAAAAUAUUACUUCAAGGUUCCCGCUCCUCAAAUACUCUCUUUUUAAUAUCCUCAAACACUCCAGCAGGGCACAUCAAUACGCCAUAAUGCAAGAAGAUUUUCUCGCCUCUUUCCCUCUUCAACAGUGGAUAUAUCUCAGCAAUCUUCUUGAGACGGUUCCAACUCGUUUAUACCAACAUCCGACUACUCUGCUUUACAUCCUCGCUGAAAGAAACCUGGCUGACCUGAUUCAAAUCCAUUCUAGAAGGGAGUCCUGCUUUGAUAUUGAAGGUGGACGUUACGGCGCUCCAAUUCUUGCUUCAUUGGCUACCGCUAGUUUUGAUGCCACCAAGGCACUUGUAAAAAUUUUAGCCGCAAGUCUGACUUCAUCGCCAACAGUCCGCGAACUCUGGGAUAAAUAUUGCCAAUACAGGUUUGGAUGGACUAGUCUUGGGCGCCACCUUAAAUUUUCGCGACGAAAAGGACUCCUGUUUUAUUUGGCCCAGUGCGGUAGCGAGCUACUUUUGACUCUAUAUUGGAAGCAGUGCCUUGAAAGAAACGAAGUUGAUACCGAAAUAAUCCAAACCUCGCUGUGCUGGGCAGCUAGGAAGGGCUACGCAGUAGUCAUAAAAUCACUGCUAAACAUAGAAGGAACCACAUUUGAUCACGGCGAGGGAGAACAAAAUAUGCCUCCACCCUGUGCAAUCGACAUCAAUUUGAAGGAUGCGAAGGGCCGAUCAUCCCUCGCUUGGGCAGUACGAAAAGGGAAAACUACAGUUGUAGAACUCCUUCUUACGCGAAGUGAGCUCGACGUCAACUCGACAGAUAAUUGUGGUAAUACGCCGCUUAUGUGGGCGGUUCAACGAGGGGACAUUUCAAUAGCAGAACGCCUCCUUACACGAAGUGAAGCCGAUAUUAAUUCGAUAGAUGAUAGUGGUAAUACCGCACUGUCAUGGAAAUCUCAUCUAGGCAUGACUACAAUAUUAAAACUCGUCCUUAGACGGAGCGAGGUCCAAGUUGACUCAAGAGACAGCCAUGGCGAUACUGCGCUCGCUUGGGCAUCUCGGGUUGGAAAUACUAUGAUAAUAAAACUCCUCCUUGAACGGAGUGAGGUCGAUGUCAACUCAACAGACAAUCGUGGUAAUACCCCGAUCAUACUGGCGGCUCGGAAUGACCAUGAAGCCGAUGCAGAGUUAUUAUUUGUGAGUGAGGGCCUUGACAUAAGGGCCAAAAAUGACGAUGGCUAUACAGCACUGGUAUAUGCGUCUAAGAAUGACAACAAAGCUCUUGUAGAGCUGUUACUCGCGAGUGACGGCAAUUGUAUUGACGCCCAGGACGACGAAGGCUAUAAAGCGCUAGCGUACGCGGCUAAGAAUGACAACAAAGCUAUCCUAAAGCUGUUACUGGCCAGUGACGAGAACUAUAACAACGCCAAAGAAAUUGAAGGCUAUACAGCGCUAGUGUACGCGGCCAAGAUUGGCCAUGUGGAUCUUGCCCGGUCGUUACUUGAAACUGACUGCGAGGAUGUUAACGUGGAGAAUACCCUCGGCAACACUCCGCUGUCAAUUGCAAUAAUGUUCGAGAAAUUAGAGAUAGUAGAGUUACUGCUUGCAACAGGAAAAGCAGAUCUUAAUACGAGAAAUCGGAAUGGCGAUACCCCGAUCUUCCAAGCUAUCACGUUAGGCUCUGAGAACAUGGUGAUGUUGCUGCUUAGCUCCGGUAAAGCAGAUCUCAAUGCGAAAAACCGGCAUGGUGACACUCCACUUUUGACUGCGACGAAAUGCCAUUUUUUGAAAAUAGUGAUCUUACUACUGGAUACAAAGGAAGUCAACACUAAUUUCGAAGAUAGCGAUGGUCUUACGGCACUCCAGUGGGCGGAACGAGAUGGCCCUGAUGGAAAUAAGGCCAUUGCAGAGCUGCUGCAAGCACACAAGUUGCGGAUCUUACAGUGA